AUGAUGUGGCCUCCUCUCUUUGUGGCGUCACUCAUUGCAGGAACUGUGCUUGCCUUUCCUUCCUUUGAUAGAGCUGUGGCUCCCUACCUCCAUCCCCGAUCUUCGUGUUCGGGUAAUACUGCUACCACUAGAAAUGAGUGGUGUAAUUUUGAUAUCUCGACAGACUACUACAUUGAGGCUCCUGACACUGGCGUAACUCGAGAAUACUGGCUGGAGCUUACAGAUAUUACAGUAGCUCCAGAUGGCUUCUCACGCUACGCGCAGGCAAUCAAUGGUAGUAUUCCCGGCCCUAUAUUGUUUGCCGAUUGGGGUGAUACUGUGGUGGUCCAUGUGAGCAACGCCCUCUCGACCAGCAGCAACGGCACUAGCCUCCACUUUCAUGGCAUCCGCCAGAAUUUUACAAAUCAAAAUGAUGGAGUUGUUAGCAUUACUCAAUGUCCCACCCCUCCUGGUAGUAGCAUCACUUAUACCUGGAAAGCUACUCAAUAUGGAACCACAUGGUACCACUCUCAUUUUGGGUUGCAAGCAUGGGAAGGUGUCUUUGGAGGCAUUGUUAUUAACGGUCCAGCUACUGCCAACUACGACGAGGAUUUAGGAGUUCUUUUUCUGAACGACUGGAGUCACCAGACCGCUGACGAGCUGUACCAAUCAGCGGAGACAAGCGGCCCCCCUACACUGACGACGGGCCUCAUCAAUGGCACAAACGUCUUUGAUGAUGCCGGUCACCGGUUUAAUACGUCAUUUACGGAAGGGAAAACGUACAGACUGCGUCUUGUCAAUGGUGCUAUCGACUCACAUUUUAAAUUUUCUAUUGACAAUCACACCAUGCAAGUGAUUGCCAAUGACCUCGUUCCUAUCACACCUUUUAAUACAAGCAUCUUAAGCAUUGGAAUGGGACAGCGCUACGAUGUCAUAAUCACAGCGAAUCAGUCCUCUGUUGCCGAUAACUUCUGGAUGCGAGCUAUCCCACAGAGCGCUUGCUCGUCUAACGAGAACUCAGAUGACAUCAAGGGCAUCGUCUACUAUGGCAGCAGCGCGGGCACACCUGAGACGACGGGCUACUCGUAUACAGAUAGUUGCGAUGACGAGGAUAUAUCUAAUCUAGUACCAUUUGUCUCCAAAUCAGUUUCGAGCGACACAACAACCGAGGACGAGGCAGUAACUGUGGGUAAGAAUAGUGAUAAUCUAUUCAAGUGGUACUUAAACAGUACGACUAUGGUAGUUGACUGGGAAGAUCCAAGCUUAUUGCAAGUGUACAAUGGUGCUACAACCUUUGAUGCGUCUAACGCUGUUAUCUCAUUGCCUAACGCCAAUGAGUGGGUUUAUACCGUCAUAAGCACAACAAUGCCUGUGUCGCACCCAGUGCACUUGCAUGGCUUUGACUUCUACAUCUUAGCCCAAGGUACAGGCACCUAUAGCGACAGCGUGACUCUCAACACGGACAAUCCCCCGCGCCGUGACGUCGCUAUGCUACCAGCGUCCGGCUAUCUUGUGCUUGCCUUCGAGACGGACAACCCGGGAGCCUGGCUCAUGCACUGCCAUAUCGGAUGGCACACGAGUGAGGGUUUUGCCCUUCAAUGGAUAGUGCGCGAGUCAGAAAUUACGGAACUCAUUGAUUAUGAUACAUUGAACUCGACAUGCGCCGCGUGGAAGUCGUAUGCCUCGGACAAUAGCGUCAUUGAGGACGAUUCAGGCGUAUAG